GCUCCGGGAGCCUCGGGAACCUCGAGCAAGCUGCGAGGCGAGGCAGUCAGUCGCUCUCAGCUACGACAUGCAUAACGCAUGAGAGAGCCCGAGCGAGAUCUUUUCCGAGUCCGUACCGUGCUCGUCGUCGUCGCCGUCGUCGUCGCUGCCGCUGCUCUCUCUCUCUCUCUCCCUCUCGUUCGCUAGUUCGCUCGCGCGUACACAUACUCGCGCGAGGAAAACACAGUAGCGCGCGAGCGCUCUUAGUACAGCGACAGGAACGGCGGGCCGAGGCUUUUACUCUCUUACCGUGAUCGUGCUCGUUCGCCUCGGCACUCGUCCUCGUGAAUCAACGGGCCGCUGCUAUCGCGUUCGCCGGACGAGAAUCCGCGAGUGUCUUCGCGCCGCGCACCCUUCGCGGACGUGCCAGUCCUCGGGUAGUCACCCCCGACGUCGCCGAUUGUGAUGAUACGCACCGCGAUGCACAGUGAUCGCGAGUGAUACCUGCACCGUCUCAUCAGCACGCGAAUUCUCAGUUAGGAUUUCGGGUCGAGCUACACCGGUGUGCCUUGUGCAGUUCGAACGGAACAACGGAGACGAAAAUCUUGGACGGAGGUAGUGGUGAUAACGUACGUCUCCGUGGGGAUCCUCCCCGGAGGAGGAAAUGAGCUUACGCAGGUUUUCGAUACAACGUACGAGUUGGUUAAGCUAUGAACGAGUCUUUCGCGCGUCAAACAAUGUCAUCUAUUUGGAAUUUGGUGUAUAGCCGCGAACGAUGGACUGUGCGCUAGCUUACAAGUGUGGUCGAUGGUAAUCGACUCGACUGCGGUAGGACCGGACAGUGUUUGUAACGAGGACCGAAAGGAACGCAAGUGAUUCUGUUCCAGCCUGUUGUGAUCAUCGAAUAUCGGCCGAGAAACUUGUAAGAUAACGAGGUGGAACGGGUGGUCUCGAGGAUAUACUCGAGUGAACGUCGGAAGAACAUCAGUGAGAAUAAGAGGAAGAGAAAGAGGAAUAAGGUAGGAAAUCCGGGGCAAAGAGAGAACGAGGCCGGGAGAGGAGUCACGAAGAGAAGAAGGAGGCAGUAAGGGUGCCCGAACGGGCAGCCCUGAAGGAUUCAGAAACGGAAAAGAGGGUUUCGCGACACCUCUGCACGAGGGGAAGUAGAUGGCCGCUACCACGUACAUGCCGAUUAGUAGCGCAGUGUCGUCCGACCUGGAUGGUGGUUCGGGUACCGCGAUCGGGAUGAACAUCGCCGUGGGUGGCUACUCCUCGGGCUCGCCCCGCAGCGCCGCCGACGCCGGGGAGAUGAAAUACAUGCCGGCGCCGCAUCAUCACCAACACCAUCAUCACCAUCAUCAAGUGACGUCGUCUCCGUCGCCUAAUGGGUUGUCACAUCCGACGGCGAACCUCUCGUCGGCGAACCCCUGGGUGAGCCUGCAACCGAGCGGUGAUCACUGGGUGACUUCGAUGGGCAUGCACCAUACGAGUCAUCAUCCUCACCAUCAUCCGCACCAAACGAAUGCCGGGCUUGACGUGAAGCCGCUGGCGGCUGCGGCCGCGACCGCCGCCGCUGCAGCCGCGGCCGCGAACGAACAGUCGAUGCACCAGCAUCGCGGCGGGCCUCACCAAUCGCCCGGGAUGGGAUCCCCGCAUUCCUGGCACGCGCCGGUGGUACCGUCGGCACACUACAAUCCGAGCGGCGGCGCGGCCUCGCCGACGACCCUACAGCAGUACCAUGCGGCGAUGAACGGCAUGCUGCACCCGCAUCCCCAUCAACACCAUCCCCAGCUGCAUAAUCAUCAGACCGGGUUGCAUCCAAACCUAAGGGACCCGGGCUCGCCGGUUGGCCAUUCGCUGCACCCUGGCCACGCGCACGACCGAGAUCAGAGCGCCGGCGAGGAGGACACUCCGACGUCGGACGACCUCGAGGCGUUCGCGAGACAGUUCAAACAACGGCGCAUCAAGCUGGGCUUCACCCAGGCGGACGUCGGUCUCGCGCUCGGUACUCUCUACGGCAACGUCUUCUCGCAGACGACGAUAUGCAGGUUCGAGGCUCUACAGCUGAGCUUCAAGAACAUGUGCAAGCUGAAGCCGCUGCUGCAGAAGUGGCUUGAGGAGGCGGAUUCGACGACCGGAUCGCCGACGAGCAUCGACAAGAUCGCCGCUCAGGGCAGGAAGCGGAAGAAACGCACCUCGAUCGAGGUGUCGGUUAAAGGAGCGCUCGAGCAACAUUUUCACAAGCAACCGAAACCGUCCGCGCAGGAGAUCACCACGCUCGCGGAUAGCUUGCAGCUCGAGAAGGAGGUGGUCAGGGUGUGGUUCUGCAACCGACGACAAAAGGAGAAGAGGAUGACGCCGCCGAACACGCUCGGCGACAGCAUGAUGGAGGGCGUGCCGCCCGGACACCAAGGCCAGCCUGGCCUCCAUCAGAGUUACCAUCCGCAGGAUCACCUCCACGGAUCGCCGAUGGGCCAUAGCCAUAGUCCCCCGAUGCUCAGUCCUCAGGGCCUCACGGCUCACUCGUUGGCGGCCCACUAGCGUUCGCCGGGGCCUCCCCCGUUGGGCCUCUCGAUAACCUCACAAAACUCGGUGAACAACCCGGCUUCCUCGCCGCCGGAGACGCUCCCUCCGUUCUAUCAUCACUAUCUGCAGGCGCGCACGGGCAGCUACUCGACCAGCUCGUAGUAACCGCGUUACCGCCUUUAACGCGUUCCGAGCACCUAGUCCGUUCGACCAGACCUAUUGACGAUAAAUAGCGUCGUCGUCGUCGUGAUUGUGAUCGUGAUCGUGCGCCACCCUUGCCGAGCUCAACCUUCGUCUCCGACGACGAGGUUCAACGGGGUACAGUUGAGGCCGAGGAGUCAGAAGCCCGCUAACGGGGAGGCUCUUAUUUACGGGCGCGAGAAGAGACAAACCGCGGCAAUCGCGCCCGUCAAAGCCGCGUUUAAUCAUCGCCUCGGAUCGGCUCAAAUCAUCUCAGGGAUACACGCCAACGCCGUCGUCGUCACAGCCGCAGCAGGAUCCAACGAGAACUGUUUCUCACCCCCCUUUGCUAUCAAACGAAUCGAGCGCGUGAUAUCCCGGUGUCGGAAAAGUGUAUAAGUCGGUCCAGUUCCUUGGAAGAACGGCAGCAGUACUACGCUGUUUCGUCGUGGUCGUCGUUCUUGUUUUCGUUGCGUUUGAACGAAACGGUGAAAGGGGAAGAAAAGUGUAAGGAACGCUGUUUGUGAAUUUUCGAAGGCCGACGGACGUACUUGGCCGUACCGAGCGGAGAACAAGAAAAUAUAAAGAUAGAGCCAGAGGCGAAGAGCGGUACAUCCGCGCGGGAUUAGUUCUCGCCGGAUCAUGUAAAAUAAGUAAAUAUGGACUGUAAAUAAUGUACUAGAUAAAGCUAAUAAGUUAAGUGAGAGCGCGCAUCGUCGUCGUUGUCGUCUACAUUGCCGUCGUGUGGAACGGGUUCGAUCGAGGGACCGAACCGGAGGAACGAAGUUUGAAGGGAACGACGCGACGCGACAAAGUAAACGAAUAAAAAAAAAACAGACGAACACACAGAUUGCAAAAGAGGGAUGUGACACGCGCGUUCGCGAAAAACGGGGAAAAACGCGCGUGUCGGGAAAAAACGUGUGCCGAAUCCUAGCGACAGCAGAAUCCCCUCGCAAUGAAAAACCCCUUCUGUAUAAAGAGUAAGUAUACAUAAAUACACACAUAUAUAUAUAUACACAAAUGAAAGCUAUAUAUAUAUAAAUGAAUAUAGAUAUAUAUAAAUACAAAGUCUAUGUAUAUGAGAGAGAAUCUAUGGCGACGUCGAGAGGUUGUAGCUACAUUAUUGCGACGUUCGAACGAAUACACCGUAUCGCGAAACAAAAACGCUAUUGUAAACGACAAUAGGAUCUGUCAUCAUUAUUUGUCAUCAUUGCGAUGAGUUUAUUAUUAUUGCUAUUAAUAUUAUUCGUCCCCCCUUAUUGUCAUUUAUUAUUCCUUAUUAUUACGAUUAUUAUUAAUUAUUGCUAUUAUUAAUGUUAUCGUUUUGUGUUGCCCGGAGGCAAAUCGCAGAGCGAGAAUAUUAGUGUUUUUCGUCGCCGCCGGGCACUGUGUGCGAUUCCCUUUUCUCUCUUUUCUCUUUCACCGUGUCGUUCUUUUUUAAUGUCUCUCUACCCCCCCCUCUCUCUCUCUCUCUCUCUCUCUACGUUUCCGAAUUUCGAGGGCUCUCUUUUUCCAAAAUCGUCGGCUGUUUUUAAGUAAUGCGACUGUACGUACAAAGACUCUCGCUCUGCGAUUAGCUACGACAGACGGUCCGUCUGAAAUUUUUACGAUACGUAUUUCCCCUCGGCGUCGCGAUGGCGGACCUCGUCACUUUUUCCCUCCAUUCUCUCGAUUGGCUGUAAAUAUUAGGAUUAGGACGUCGUCGCGACAUUGUGGGAAAAAGUAGACGGUGAUCGUUCGGGAAAUUCCCGAUAAUUUUACGAAUUCCGACCGCGACUCGAUCGAUGCUCUCCUCUUUUUCAAAAAUCACGUAUCUUCCUUACCCGAGCUCUUUGCCUUGAAAGGAGCAUUCGCGUCGUACGUUCCCUCGUAAUUAACGUUGGUCUCUAAAAUUCAAUGGUAGAACCUCGUGUCAGGAUGUUCGAGGGUUGGACCACCCUCACGAUACUUCCCAGGGAUACAUGUUUCGAAUUCAGAGACGACACGAGUUGGUUUCCCCAAUUUGCUUGUAGGCAACAGUUAAAAAAUCAUAAAGCUACCUCGUUAAGCUUAUAGCCGAUGUUUAGGGGUGGCGAAUCUCGAAUACAGGGUGGCCGAUUGUAGACGAAUCGCUACAGUUCUGAUAGUUCCCUUCUAAUGAUACGUUACGCACGACUGUACUUUGUUUCUCGUUAAGGCGUUCCUUCCAAAAAUCUGAAAUCCCUUGGACUGAUUUUUCAGCCGCGCGAGAUAUACGGCAUCAUUAGGGCUCGCGAUGUCGACGUUUCGUGGUCGGGAUUACGCGUGUUAACGGUUGACACGGUUUCUGUGAUUAUUUGCUCAACUGGCUCGAGUGCCGGCGCUUUAUCCAGCGAGUCUCCGGUCUCGCAUCGACGUCGCAGCUCCACGAGGCCGCGAUUUCGAUAUGAACGCGACGAAUCGCGUUUCCGAAGAAACGAAAGAGACUAGAAGAAGCACGGGCCAAUUUUGCGCUGCCAUUUCACUGUUCGAGGAAAACGCUGUUAGCCGCGUGGAAAGAGAGAAAGAGAAACGCGUUGUUACUGUUAACGAAUCGUCGCCACUCGACGCGUGUUAAUCCCAGCGAAACUUUUUUGGUAACGAGUUUCUGAUAAAUAUUCGUCGACGACCGGGUUCUUUAGUUUUUGUUAUUUUAAUGAAACCGGGAAAGAGGGAACGGAAGGGUGUCGAUUGGAUAACGCGUGGAAAGAGAAAGGGAGAGCGAGGACGAUUUGUUGAGCCAACGAAAUCGUGUAUAGGUUGUUUUGUUAAUUUUAUUGUCCGUUCGGAGUCGCGUAUCCUCUCGCCCACGAUCUCGCGGGAAGAUCUUGGCUUCGGACUAGCAUCGUCUAAGUCCGAUUUUAUUAUUGGUGCAACGAAUUAAACUGCGACAGGAUACGCGAGGCGUUACGUUCAAUUUUGUAAAUAGAGAGACAGAGGGGGAGAAAAAGAGAGAGAGAGAGAGUUUCGUUUUGUAAAUAGAUGCGAGAGAGAAUCGAUUGAACGUGGGAGAGGGAGGAGGAGAGAAAGGAUCGAUACCUUGGUAGAAAAUGCGUCGGAAUCGAGGAGCACGAUUAGCCCGUAUGGUCCGAUUUGUGUUUGAUCAGUGAAAAAUCCGAGCGUUGCAAAAGUUCUUAUCGUCAAAUUUCCAAUUCCGCGAGCGUCAUCGGGCUCCUCGAUUCCCCGGCUGAGUUUUCAGCGACGCAGGUGAAAAAUCUGAUGAUGCGCGGUACGAAAAAAACUGCGAGUGGGAGCGGCGUUGAGUGUACAUGUGUAAAGGAGACUGAAAGGGUGACAGGGUGAGUGAGAAAAACGAAGAGGCAUGUAAAGAUACUUAUAGACGUUUCGUACGUAUGUGCACGCAGAAUCGAAACGAAAAAGAAAGCCGAGCUCGCGCAAAAAUCUGUAAACAACUUCUGAUUCUCCCUGUAUAUUAUUAUAAUUAAAUAUUAAUUAUUAUUAACGUAAAAUGAGUAAAAAAAUACGAUUUGGCGAAUGGUGGUGACGUUUUGUUAGAAAGGCAGAAACUAAAUUACUACUGAAUUUUAAUUAAUAAACGACAUAUGAAAGUAAUACAACGUA